AUGGCCGACGGUUUUCCUAUCCCUAUCUCCGGUAUCCACUCGCCCUCUGAGACGCAGGCCGCCAGGACUGCUGGGCUGAACGAUAUUUUCCAUUCGUUUGCCACGCCCUCCCUCCAACAUGUCAUCUCUUUGCGCCGGGUCUGUGACAAUGAACUCAGUCAAGCAGGGUGA